AUGAGCGACAUAGUGGAGAAGACUCUGACGGCUCUGCCGGGGCUUUUUCUGCAGAACCAGCCCGGUGGCGGGCCCGCGGCCGCCAAGUCGUCCUUCUCCUCGCGGCUGGGCAGCCUAGUCCGCGGCAUCACCGCGCUCACCUCCAAGCACGAAGAAGAGAAAUUAAUCCAGCAGGAAUUAAGUAGUCUGAAAGCGACUGUUUCUGCUCCUACUACAACACUGAAAAUGAUGAAGGAAUGUAUGGUGAGACUUAUAUAUUGUGAAAUGCUUGGGUAUGAUGCUUCUUUUGGCUAUAUACAUGCAAUCAAGUUGGCCCAACAAGGAAACCUCUUAGAAAAAAGAGUAGGUUAUUUGGCUGUUUCUUUGUUUCUACAUGAAAGUCAUGAAUUGCUGCUUCUCCUUGUGAAUACGGUUGUAAAGGACUUGCAGAGCACUAACCUAGUAGAAGUAUGUAUGGCACUUACUGUCGUCAGCCAGAUUUUCCCUCGAGAAAUGAUUCCAGCUGUUCUUCCAUUAAUAGAAGAUAAACUUCAACAUUCUAAGAUAGAGAAUAUUCUUCGACUGCCAGAUAUAAUACAAAAAUCCCCAGAGAAUUCAUCUGGAUAUAAAGACUUGACUGGCAGUUUUAUAACUAUUUUGAAGCAGGUGGUUGGAGGAAAGCUCCCAGUAGAUUUCAAUUACCACAGUGUGCCAGCACCGUGGUUACAAAUUCAGCUCUUGAGAAUACUAAGACUUCUAGGAAAAGAUGAUCAAAGGACAAGUGAAUUAAUGUAUGAUGUUCUUGAUGAAUCCUUACGAAGAGCUGAGUUAAAUCACAAUGUCACAUAUGCUAUUUUGUUUGAAUGUGUGCAUACAAUCUAUUCUAUUUAUCCUAAAUCUGAAUUACUUGAGAAGGCUGCCAAGUGCAUUGGAAAAUUUGUUCUAUCACCUAAAAUAAAUCUCAAAUAUUUAGGACUGAAGGCUCUUACCUAUGUUAUUCAACAGGAUCCUACUCUGGCUCUUCAACAUCAGAUGACAAUAAUUGAAUGUUUAGAUCAUCCUGAUCCUAUUAUUAAAAGAGAGACUCUGGAACUUCUUUACAGAAUUACUAAUGCACAGAAUAUAACAGUUAUUGUCCAGAAAAUGCUUGAAUAUUUACAUCAGAGCAAAGAAGAAUAUGUCAUUGUCAAUUUGGUUGGUAAAAUAGCUGAGCUGGCUGAGAAAUAUGCUCCUGAUAAUGCGUGGUUUAUUCAGACAAUGAAUGCUGUGUUUUCAGUGGGAGGAGAUGUGAUGCAUCCUGAUAUUCCCAAUAACUUUCUGAGAUUGCUCGCGGAAGGUUUUGAUGAUGAAACAGAAGAUCAGCAAUUAAGACUCUAUGCAGUUCAAUCUUAUCUCACUUUAUUAGAUGUAGAAAAUGUGUUCUAUCCACAGAGAUUUCUUCAAGUUAUGAGUUGGGUGUUAGGGGAGUAUUCCUACCUCUUAGAUAAGGAAACUCCAGAGGAAGUCAUAACCAAGCUCUACAAGUUACUUAUGAAUGACUCCAUUUCUUCAGAAACAAAAACCUGGUUAAUUGCUGCUGUGACCAAGUUGACACCCCAAGCACGCUCUUCUAAUAUAGUUGAGAGGUUAAUCCAGGAAUUUACCAUUUCUUUGGAUACUUGUAUGAGACAGCAUGCAUUUGAAUUAAAACAUUUGCAUGAGAAUGUGGAACUUAUGAAGAACUUGCUUCCAGUUGAUAAGAGUUGUGAAGACAUAGUGGUAGAUGCUUCAUUAUCUUUUCUGGAUGGUUUUGUGGCUGAAGGACUCAGUCAAGGGGCAGCACCUUACAAACCCCACCACCAACGCCAGGAGGAAAAGCUUUCUCAGGAAAAAGUUCUCAAUUUUGAACCGUAUGGCCUCUCCUUUUCUUCACCUGGCUUCACUGGACGACAGUCUCCUGCUGGCAUUUCUCUUGGUUCAGAUAUAUCUGGGAAUAGUGCUGAGACAGGGCUGAAAGAGACCAAUAGCUUGAAGCUGGAAGGUGUAAAGAAAUUAUGGGGGAAAGAGGGCUAUCUUCCCAAGAAAGAAAGCAAAACUGGUGAUGAAAGUGAAACUCCACCUAUUCCUCAAGAGAGUACAAUAAUGGAGAAUGUAGAUCAAGCUAUAACCAAAAAGGAUCAAUCUCAAGUUCUUACCCAAUCUAAAGAAGAAAAAGAAAAGCAGCUGCUGGCAUCAUCAUUAUUUGUUGGGCUAGGAUCAGACAAUACAAUCAGUCUGCUUGGAAAAGCAGAUACCGUUUCUCACAAGUUCAGAAAGAAAUCAAAAGUCAAGGAAACCAAAAGUGGAGAAAUGACCAGUAUUCAUAAUAUAACCUGUUCUUCCUUUAGUUCUUUGUCAAAUGUGGCAUAUGAAGGAGAUUAUUAUUUGAAUACUUUGCAGGAUAGAAGAGAUAAAGAAUUUAAGAAAUUUUCUCUCAAUUCGGAACUUUUGGAUUCUGAGUCACUUGCAGAGCUACACUUGGUUGAGAAACUCUCAAAUUGCAGCCUGUCUACGCCUUCUUUGUUUGAUGAUAACAACAUGGAAAUUUUUCACCCUCCUCAAUCUACUGCAGCCUCAGUUGCCAAGGAAAUCUCUUUAGCUUCUUCUUUGUUGGAAGAAACUACUGAAUACAUACAUUCAAAUCUCAUAGAAGUCUGUAAUAAUGAAACCGUAUCAGUGUCUUCUUACAAAAUUUGGAAAGAUGACUGCUUAUUGAUGGUCUGGUCAGUCACUAAUAAGAGUGGUUUGGAAUUGAAAAGUGCUAACUUAGAAAUUUUUCCUGCAGAAAAUUUUAAGAUCACUGAGCAACCUGGAUGCUGUUUGCCUGUAGUGGAAGCAGAAAGCAUCAAAACCUUUCAAUAUAAUGUGCAGAUGGAAAAGCCUUUUACCGAAGAGAAUCUUUCUGGUUUUUUAAAUUAUCAUACGAUGGAUACUCAUUCUGUUCAGCUGGAAUUUUCUGUAAACUUAUCACUAUUAGAUUUCAUUAG